UCUCUCUCUCUCUCUCUCUCUCUCUCUCUCUCCCGCAGCGGUGCACGAGCAGAUGUUUUCCGAGCUAAACAAAUCUUUACAGCAAAUCCGUUACCGGAUGCGCGCGGGUCAAAAUUUCACCCCGUCCAACAACACAACCGCAACAUUUGCGUCUGUUCGUUUUUUUUCCUUCUCCUUCUUCAUCCUUUGCUCUGAAACUUGAGAGAGGUUUAUUUGCUGGUUUAUUCGCCGCACGCGCACCCGCGUUAUGAUGCUCUAACCUGGUGCGAGCGCGCAGUGACACGGGAGAGGAAGAGGAGGAGGAGGUGCGCUGAAGGACGAAAAGGAGUGAGAGUAAGGAACAAGGGAAGGAGAGGAGGAAGAGGAGGGGAGGAGAUCGGACGCAGUAGCGCCGCCACUCCGAGUCUAAACUCUGCGCAAGCGAAACACUCAAAGCUCCACGCGUCGCACGGAAGGAAGGACGCACGCACGGUCGCAGAUUAUUAUUACUAUUUUUAUUUUUAUUCAUCCUUAGGUAUAUUUUUAAUACAAGAAAGAGCAAGAAGAAGAAAAAGAAGAAGAAGAAGAAGAAGAAGGCGAUGAUGCCGUUUCACCCGCGUCCCUUUGUGCGCUGGAGAGCCGCGCAGAUUCUCGCCUUGGUUUGUCUUCUGUUGGUCGGAUUCACCUGCACCGGAGCGGAGCACGUCGCCACGGUGACCCAUCCUCUCCCCGUCGCCUUCUCUGACCUGCUGCCUCACUUCCUGGUGGAGCCGGACGACGUCUACAUCGUAAAGAACAAGCCGGUGACGUUAACCUGCCGCUCGACGCCUGCCACUCAGAUCUACUUCAAGUGUAACGGAGAGUGGGUUCACCAGGACGACCAUCUGAUCGAGCGCACCGUCGACCCGGCAACAGGUUUCCCAGUGAUGCAGGUGAAGAUUGAUAUCUCACGCCAGCAGGUGGAGAAGAUCUUCGGGCUGGAGGAUUACUGGUGUCAAUGUGUGGCCUGGAGCACUACAGGAACCCAGAAGAGCCAAAAGGCUUAUGUGCGCAUCGCAUACCUGAGGAAAAACUUCGAGGAGGAACCACUGGGCAAAGAGGUGGCACUUGACCAGGAAGUGCUCCUGCACUGCCAUCCACCAGAGGGCGUCCCGCCCGCCGAGGUGGAAUGGCAGAGGAACGACGAGUUGAUCGACCCCAAGUCUGACCCCAAUUUCUUCAUCACAGUGGACCAUAAUCUCAUCAUCAAACAAGCUCGGCUGGCCGACACAGGCAACUACACCUGCGUGGCCAAGAACAUUGUGGCGCGACGCAAAAGCUCCUCAGCUGCCGUGAUUGUCUACGUGAACGGCGGGUGGUCCACAUGGGCCACGUGGUCGGCGUGCAGCGCCGUGUGCGGCCGCGGCUGGCAGAAGAGGAGCCGGAGCUGCACUAACCCCGCCCCCCUGAACGGAGGCUCCGCCUGCGAGGGCCAGAGCGUCCAGACGAGCGCCUGCACGGCCACCUGUCCAGUGGACGGAGGAUGGACCGAGUGGAGUAAGUGGUCAGCGUGCGGGGCCGACUGCACCAUGUGGAGGAGUAGGGAAUGUACACAGCCUGCACCGGGUACAGGAGGCAAAGCGUGUCAGGGUCUCGACCUCCAGUCACUAAACUGUACGAGCGAGCAGUGUCCACAGACCGUGUCCGGUGCGGAGGACGUAGCCCUCUACGUGGGCAUCGUUGCCGUGGCGCUGUGUCUCACUCUUCUCCUGGUGAUCCUGGUCCUUGUGUAUCGGAGAAAGAAGGAAGGUCUGGACGCGGACGUAGCCGACUCGUCCAUCCUCACGACCGGCUUCCAGCCCGUUGGCAUCAAACCUGCCAUGCCAGGUGUGUGGGCACCGGACCGGUCACAGCGCUGCAAAAACUCUCACCUGCUCACAAUCCAGCCGGAUCUGACCACGCCCGGUUACCAGGGUUCUCUGCGUACACGCCACGACCCGUCUCCUAAAUUCUCUUUAAGCGAUGGGCCGCUGCUGGAGCCUCUGGCUAACGGAUCGCACACCAUGGCCAACGGCAAAGUGAGCGCCGACAGCGGACACCUCACCAGCCGACUCGCAGCACAGAGCUACUUCAAGACUCUGCCGCGGGAUGCCGUCCACACCUCCUACGGCACCUUCAACUUCCUGGGAGGCCGGCUUACCAUCCCUAACACGGGGAUCAGCCUGCUCAUUCCUCCCGAGGCCAUCCCCCGAGGCAAGAUCUAUGAGAUUUACCUCACUGUGCAGAGGAAGGACGAUGUGAGACUUCCCCUGGCCGGGUGCCAGACACUGCUGAGUCCGGUGGUGAGCUGCGGCCCUCCGGGCGUCAUGCUGACCCGGCCUGUCAUCAUCAGCAUGGAGCACUGCUCCGAUUCCUGCACCGAUCACUGGGCCAUCAGGCUGAAGAAACAAACCUAUGAGGGAACCUGGGAGGACGUGCUGCUGCUCGGAGAGGAGUUGGUGUCUGAGCCGUUUUACUGCCAGCUGGAGGCUGAGAUGUGCCGCAUGUUCACCGAGCAGCUCGGACGCUUCGCGUUGGUCGGCGAGUCCCUCAGCAUGGCAGCAGAAAAACGCCUCAAACUGCUGCUGUUUGCCCCAGCCUACUGCUCCACGCUCGAAUACACCAUCCGUGUCUAUUGCACUGACGACACACACGACCUCAUCCAGGAGGUGAUGCAGACGGAGGCACAGCUUGGAGGUCGCCUUAUCGACGAGCCACACGUUCUCCUGUUUAAAGACAGCUACCAUAACCUGCGCCUCUCCAUCCAUGACCUGCCACAGGCCCAGUGGAGGAGCAAGCUUCUCACCGCCUACCAGGAAAUCCCGUUCUAUCACAUCUGGAGCGGCACACAGCGGAGUUUGCACUGCACCUUCACUCUGGAGCGGAUGAGUGUUAGCACGUGUGAGCUCUCCUGCACGCUGUGUGUGUGGCAGGUGGAGGGUGAAGGCCAGAGCUUCAGCCUCGACUUCAACAUUUCUAAGGACACCAGGCCGCUGGAUGCUGAUCUCCUGCUGAUGGAUAAGAGCAGCCCUGCUCUGGCUGGACCCAGCGCCUUUCAGAUCCCCUACCUCAUCCGGCAGAAGAUCUGCAGCAGUCUGGACGCUCCGUGCCCUAACGGGGCCGACUGGAGACUCCUCGCCCAGAGACUCAAACUCGAACGACACAUGAGCUUCUUCGCCUCCAAAGUGAGUCCCACAUCGACCAUCCUGGACCUUUGGGAAGCUCAGCAUUUCCACAGCGGCAAUCUGAACCAGCUCGCCGCCAUCAUGGCCGAGAUCGGCAAACAGGAGGCCAUGAUAUUCCUGGUGUCAGACGGGGAGUGCUAACACACACACACACACACACACAGCCAGGAAGGAAGGCCUCGCUAUUCUGGAGGUCCAAAAGGUCUAAUAGAGGGAGGACUAAUCUAACAGGGUUUUAGCCACCAGUCAGGUGUGCUGUGACUGUAAACACAUGCAAAGUACAUUUCCAUCCAGCAACGAUGUAGAAAACACUCACAGAUGUUCUCCUCACUGGCCCUGUCUUGAGUUUAAUUUAUUGUAGUGUUACACACACACACACACACACACACAUCUGAUUUUUAUUUUUUAUUGGAAUUGAAAAAAUUGACAGGAAGGAUCGGAAAUUGUAGAAAAGCAACUCAAGUGUCAGGACAAAUCUAGGACAUGGGACAAAUCUCUCUAGGACGGAUCUUUAGCCUGGACGCGUUAAUUUGUAGUUGCCUGAAGACGAACAGAUUCGUUAUCGAGGAAAAGAAAAACAUCUCGCAAAACAGAGAGAAAAACUAUAACAUAAACAAUAUAGCAUCUCGGAUUCCUCAUCAGGUUCCAGGCAACUUAAACAAACUUUCACCUGCGACCUAAGAGAUGUAGGAUUUGUCCAACUCUGUAGGACAAAGACAUUGUGUUUAUUUUCCGUAAAGAAAUCCGACGAAAUGACGGUUAGAGACCGUGUUGCUGACGAGACGCUGGUUCACAAUCAAACACAGUGCCAUGUGUUUUGUCAUUUUGUGGCAGUUAGCAAUAUGCAAAAAAAAAAAAAUUGUUUUAUAACACAAAUCUUCUUUACUAAAGAAAAUUCAGUGUGAUUUCCCGACGUAUACCUGAUCACCACCCCCACCACCAGCGUGCCAGUAAACACAACGGUUACACCCACACAACUGAAUAGCAAAAAAAAUAAAAAGUUAAAUCGGAUCAAACUUUUUUCUCCCUCGUCGCUCUUUAAGACGCUGCUUUAUCGAAGCCAUAAACAAAAAUCCCCCAAACGUGUCACCAAUAAACGCGGAACAAGAUGAUCGACGCAAACGAUCUCGUUGUCUACAAGACGUAGCCGAUGAGGACGUAACAGGUUUCAGUAUCAUGCGGAAACAUUUUCAGGGAAUUCUUUUUUCCGAUUUGUUUUUUUUUUUAAAUUUAUUUAUCUGAACAAAACUAUUUUACCCAAAUGUGGCAGAAAUGUGUGAAAGAAAUUUUAGUAUAAGCUGCAAUACUAUUUUAUUUUAAUUUUAUUUUUUAAAUCUAAUCAAAUGAUCAUAUCUAUUAAGGUAUUUUGGGCUUUAGGGCUUUCUCUAAUAGUUUUCAAUCCUAAAUCUGAGGCUUUGAGAAUGCUGAAGCUGUGGAACAUCCGAAUGAACAACAAAAAGCCCUGUAAUUAACGUCUCGUGAUUGAAGCAGGAUGUUCUUUUCUCAGGCUGCUUUCACAGGUCAUAAAGCUGCUCCAGUUCGUGUGUGAUGUUACACACGCCAUCAUGUUUAAUCAUAACAGAAAUAUAAGUCACUUACCGCCAAGGCCGGUGUCCCACGGCGCUCCAUCCUGCUCUCGUUUCUCCCUUUUUUUUCCCUACUUUAGAAUCAUAAGGAUUCCACAUAAAGAUUGUAAAAAAAAAGCAUGUGAAAGCAGCCUCCAGGAUGUAACUCACCCCAACGUUCACCUCCGUCAACUUUUUGCAGCAUUUACGCUUUAAAACAGCUCGUUUCCGAACCGUCGGUUAGCAUGCUAUCGUGCUUGAUGUUAGCAUGCUAACUGACUCGUAUACAGACACGUUAUAUUUCUGUAUACAAGUUCCGAAAAUAAGCCAGCAAGCGUCAGAUGUUGUAGAGAUCACAGUUUUUAUUAGCAUGAUUAAUACGUUAGCUACAUUUUUUUUUAAUCCCCCUCGCAUCAGUCAACAAGGUCUGCUCACGUUUUUUUUCCCCCUCUCUUCUUCUCCUCCUCCUCCGUCUACAGUUCACAGUGUAAAUAGGAAUCUUUUGUAUUCCAGUUGUGAUGCUGGCGCUACACGUACAUCAUCUCUGGAAGUCGCUAACCAAAGUUUAUGAGCCAUUUGAGACGAGUUUUGUUCCUUUAGCGUCGUCCGAACGUUUCCUCCGACCGUCAGUAUGAACCUGUCCGAUCAGAUCGCUGUAAAUUUUAAACCGUGCAGCAUUUCACAAGGAACGUGACGAACUAUCAGUCAUCAAGCACUUAAGUAAAUGUACAUGAUAUUUCAAUACCAAGCCAAAAAAAUAAAAAAAAAAUAAAAAAAAAUCAAAGUUGCAUUUGUCCGAGUUUCACCUGUGAAGUGUUUUGGUGCAUCGCUCAUCGAUAACAGCAUUGUUUUUUUUGUUUUUUUUUUAAAGAAUUUUUGCAGUGUUUGUUUUUCUUUUUUUUUUUUUGUUUGUCCUGAAGUUGUUCGUAAAAUGGAGAUUUCGUUUUUUAAUUAUUAUUAAAAAAAGAAAAAAAAGAAGAAAAAAAAAGAAAAAAUGAUUUUUUUCCUAACUCGAUACGUCAUUCUGUGUCCCCGUCACUAACGUACGUUUAACUGUUAACACUGUCAUUUCAAAAUCGCAAAAAGAAAAAAAAAAAAAAUACGGGAAAAAAAAAAAAAGAAAAGGCGGCACUUUUUUAUUCCCUCCAAACUAAAAAGCCAACACUGGAGGUCACGUGGACUCGAGACGAAGCCGACCUUCGUGAUGUUUUUCCCCACGAUUGUACACUGCGUGGCGCUCACUGCUAGCUGUCGUGUAUAGAAGAACGUGUGACUUACUGUUCAUUUUCUCCCGGCUCUUUAUUUUCCACUGAAAGACAGUAGACUUGUGAACCUGUGAAUGUUCUUCGAUUUCUUCAUUCUCGAUGUUCUUUGCCUUUCUGCCAGUCAGAAUGCUGUAUUUAACACGCCACAGCGCUUAUGCAAUUGUACAAUUCUUUUUUUAAACCAUAUUUUCAAGAGAUUUUUUUGUAUUUUUGUUUGUUAUUAAACCCCGCCCCCUUUCCUUUCUGCCCUUGUCCUCUUUCUCUCUCUCUCUCUCUCCUGUCAAUGUAAAUGGUCGUGGAUGACUUUGUGCUAACAGGAAGCCCUGUGAUCGAGGGGUUUUCUCUACUUUUGGACAAUGAUCUGGAUUUGUGGGUAGAAUUUUGGAAAUUCGUUUCUAAGUGCUUUCAAGUAUUUACUUGGCCUUAUGUAUAUAUAUAUCUAUGAAAUUUCAGAAAGGUAUGUAUAGUAAUUC